AUGGCGGGGCAUCUUAAUCACGGCCGUGGUCAUGGCCACGGCCACCACCAUUUCCAUAUAAGAGGAUUACCUUUGGAGGCAGAGCAGCCUGCCCAACUGGAGACUGGACAAGGGAUCGGCAAUUCGUUUCUCACUGGGACAAAUACAAUUGCUCAACUCACCCCGAGGGAAAAUAACCUCGAUGAAAAGCCAGUGGGUGGCUCGAUGACUCUUCCGAUCAUCCUAGGUGUUUGCAUUCCGGUAGGACUAGCAGUUUCAGUUCUGCUUUAUUUACACCACCGAACAACUGUAAGACAGAGGAAAGAGGAUGAGACGGACAAGUAUAAGUCGAUGGACUUUGGUCUUGAGGGUAAUUUGCCCGGCAAAGCUGGUAAGAGGCGGAGUGCUUUCUUCGGAAAGGAGAAGGACCCGAGUCACAAAAUGCAACUUUCUAUGGAUAUGAAUCUUUCAAGUCCUUAUCUCCUUCCGCCCAAUCUACAGAACUCCCGGGAAUCACUUGCGAGGAGCCUCAACCAAGCUGAAGAUCCGUAUCGACCAGUUACCAGCUAUGGCGCUAGUGAUGCGGGUUCUUUGCGCUCCGUCCAGAAAGGACCUGAUAGGCGUUCAGGACCCGGGCAGAGGCUCGGGGUUAACACGGCCGGCGAUUUCUCUACCCGUCAAAAGGGGCUGCCUUCAUCUCCAUCUCCUCUUCAGCCAGUACCUCCCGCUGCGAAGCGAUCAUCGCGUCGUGAGUCGGCAGAGAAACAACCUGCCCUCCCGGUUAAGAAUGAAUUCCGCUUCGUCGAUGACGCUCCAACUGUCGCCAAGGUCCCUGAGAUUCAGGAGCCGGCAGCAGCGGCUUCGCGUGUUUCUAAUGGCUCCGUUAACGCUGUCGGAUCUGCGACUACCAUGAACUCUGUUGCUAUGCCAAAGCCCGGCGUCCAAGGCCUAGGAUCGCGACCGCCAAGGAACGAAUCGCUCGUUGCUGCACCUAAUGUCGCUGAUGACUACGAGGAUUACACAGCUCAUUUCCAGAUCGACGAUGCCGAUGAUGUUGUAACGGGUAGCAACGAUCGACACAUGCAGCCACGUAUAAACGAGCCUGAGCACCCACUUUCCGCUGGCUUGGGCGUACCCGGUAAGGAUAACCGUAGGCUAUCUGUUGGAUUCCGUCCCCUUCCGCCUGAUGACUUCCUUGAGUCGGAAGAUCCUGAAUUCAGAGCCAACAGGAUUCGUUCAUUCUACAAAGAGUACUUCGAGGAGACCAAGACAGAUUCCGGAAAACCACCACCCAUUCCCCAGCAAGCACAGAAAGCCACCUACUAUGAUGAUUACGAUGCCAACUAUCUCGGUGAUACCGCAUUUUUCGACCCCGACAGCAAUGCAUUCGUUAUGCCUUACGCGCAACCUGUUACUCGCCGUGCUAUGACUCCCCCUCCGAGCAACCGACGACCAAUGCCUGGACCAGGAGGACCGGGAGGACCCCGUGGUCCACCUGGCCCGCGUGGCCCCCCUGGUCACGGUCCUCACGGAAGUAUGAACAUGCCUGGUGGACCUCGUGGAAGACCCAGGGCUGGUUCCACACAAUCAGCUGGUAGAUGGGCACAAAUGAGCCCGCGUCCAGGCUCAUCAGCCUCCAACCGCUUCGCAGGUAAUGGGAUGGGUGGCAAACCGCGAAAGCCGAUGCCCCCUCCUGCUGCGCUUAACACCUUGCCUACUCCUUCCAAGUUGAGAGAUGACUCUUUUGCUAUCAUGGGUUCUAUCGAAUUUGCUCCUCCCCCUUCUUUCAAGGACAUCGCAGCUGGUCGGUCGCAGAGUCCUGUUGGUGAACGUAAGCCUUACGUCCUGAAUACGCCAAUUCACUCGCCGCUAGUGAGCGCUUUCGACGACACACCAGCGUUACCCAGCCCGCACUUGUUGCGUAAAUCAGGAACAUUCACUGCUCUAGAUUUCGCUCCUCCGCGUCGGUUUAAGGAUGCUGACACUAUGAGUGAUGCGGGUAGUGUUGUUAGCAACCGUAGCGGUAUUUCGUCUGCUAAUCUAAGCGCCAUCCGCGGCGGUGCAGGUAGAGUCAGUCGUCUACCAGGAGACACCGUUUUCACACAACAGGCGAUGAACAAUACUCUGAAGCCGUCGUGGAACAUGAGGGACUAG